GGAUUCAGAGUACUGUGUCCUAGUCACAAAGAGAGGCAGAGAGGACUGUCGGCUGGUGCAGGCAGAACCAAAAGAUAUUUAAUCAGCAAUUAGAAACACCUGAGGGCAAAGGAAAUUCUGCUCCAGCUCUGAGCUUCAUCUCUCAACCUGCAGCAUGCUGCUUGGCAGAAUGUCCACAGAGGAGCGGCAUCUCACCUCUAGCUGCGGAUCCUUCAUUAAGACUGAGCCGUCCAGCCCAUCUUCUGGCAUUGAUGCCAUCAGCCAUCAUAGUCCUAGCGGCUCCUCUGACGCUAGUGGUGGCUACGGCAUCACCAUGGGUGGCCACUCGAAUGGCCUGGACUCGCCACCCAUGUUCAACGGCGUGGGAAUUGGUGGCGGAUCCUGCCGUAAGCGCUACGACGACUGUGCCAGCGCCAUCAUGGAGGACUCGCCCACCAAGUGCGAGUACAUGCUCAAUGCCAUCCCCAAGAGGCUGUGCCUGGUGUGCGGGGACAUUGCGUCUGGCUACCACUAUGGCGUGGCCUCCUGUGAGGCAUGCAAAGCCUUCUUCAAAAGGACAAUUCAAGGGAAUAUUGAAUAUAGCUGCCCAGCCACCAAUGAGUGUGAGAUCACGAAACGGAGGCGCAAGUCCUGUCAGGCCUGUCGCUUCAUGAAAUGCCUCAAAGUGGGGAUGCUGAAAGAAGGGGUUCGUCUUGAUCGAGUCCGCGGAGGACGCCAGAAGUACAAGAGAAGACUGGACUCUGAGAGCAGUACUUAUCUGAGCUUACAGAUCCCUCCUCCAGCCAAAAAGCCAUUGACUAAGAUCGUCUCCCACUUGCUGGUGGCAGAGCCAGAGAAGAUUUAUGCCAUGCCUGACCCCACCAUGCCGGAGAGUGACAUCAAAGCGCUGACAACCCUCUGUGACUUAGCAGACAGGGAACUGGUGGUGAUCAUUGGAUGGGCAAAGCACAUCCCAGGUUUCUCUAAUCUCUCCCUGGGGGACCAGAUGAGCCUCCUGCAGAGCGCCUGGAUGGAGAUCCUCAUCCUGGGCAUUGUGUACCGCUCACUGCCCUACGAGGACAAGCUGGUCUACGCCGAGGACUACAUCAUGGAUGAGGAGCACUCGCGCCUGACGGGGCUGCUGGAGCUCUACCUGGCCAUCCUGCAGCUGGUGCGUCGGUACAAGAAGCUGAAGGUGGAGAAGGAGGAGUUUGUCACACUCAAGGCCCUGGCCCUUGCCAACUCAGAUUCCAUGCACAUAGAGGACAUGGAGGCGGUGCAGAAACUCCAGGAUCUUCUCCAUGAAGCCCUGCAGGACUACGAGCUAAGUCAGCGCCACGAGGAGCCAAGGCGAGCGGGCAAGCUGUUGCUGACCUUGCCCCUCCUGCGUCAGACGGCCGCCAAAGCGGUGCAGCACUUCUACAGCAUCAAACUGCAGGGCAAGGUCCCCAUGCACAAACUCUUCCUAGAAAUGCUAGAGGCCAAGGUCUGACGGCCCUGGUGCCAGCCCUCAGCGGCCGGGGAACAAACUAGAAACAAAGACGCAGACACAGAGCAAUCCAAACAGCAGCAGGGGUCGGCUUUUAUCUCCAGUCAUUUAUUAUGGAAGAAUUAUGUAAUGUCCAGCUGUCGGCCUGCCUGCCU